AUGGCGGAGAUGCUGUGUUCAGCCCUUGUUCAGGAGACCGUGAGCAGAGGCGUCUCCUUUGCGUUGGGCAAGCGCGAGGAGAAGGCAUCCCAAGGCCACUUGAUGGAGAGGCUGGAGAUGGCCGUCAGCCAGCUGGAGUUUGCGCUUGAGAGGGCCCAGGAGCUGCGCAUCAGGUACCUCUCAUUGAUUUGCCGCAGGAAGCAGAUCAAGUCUGCCUACGUCGAGGCAACGGAACUGCUCGACAAGCACAAGCAGCAGCAGGCGGUGCCUGCAGGACAGGAACUGCAGGAUGCGCACGGGGUGAAGAAGCGCAAGCUAUGGGUUAUCAGUGCCAAGAACAUGCUCACCACAUCCUCUUUUGCUGGCUUGAGCACGGAUGAUGUUCGAAGAUUUGAAUUGUAUGCAGAUUUUGCGGACAAGUUUGUGAGGGACGUGGAGUCUGGGUGUUCACUUCAUCACAACACCUUUUGCAACCCUAUUGUCAGGCAUCUCCUUGAAGGUAAAACUCUCCGGUAUGAUUUGGAGCAGGGAAAUAACCUGCGACGAGGUUUCCUCAUAUGGGGCACAUAUUCUGAUGAGCGUGGAGUAGAGGCAGGGCUGCUAUACAGUUAUGAGGAUAGCACAAUGGUAGAGAAAUGUUUCUCUCUGAUGUUGUUUCUACGACUAUCAGAAAGCACGGACAUAGUUGGGGUUGCUAUUCAAGGCUUGCAAUUAUUGACAUCUGGAUUCAAAAUUGCGGCUGAAUGUGCAACGGGAGAACUCACCCUGCUAUCAACUAAUUCACAAGACGCUGCCCAAUUCUAUGGGCCUCCGUACGUGGGCGUUCGAGAGUGGCAUAUCGAGGCCACACAAGAUGCUCGCCCAGACCCAGCAUGUUGCAAAGGAAGUAGGCACGGACUUUGUGCUAACAACAACGUCUCCUCAGAGUUAUCAAACAUACUCCCAGAGCAGGUUAUUUGUUGGGCUUUUCAGUGCUAUAUACCAGCAGUAGAGUCCAGCACGCGUAGCUCAUUUGAUGAGGUGGGCAGAGGUUGGAAGCCACCUCUGCGAGUGGCCAUUUGGUUCCGGCCCCAUCUUGAGGGUUAUUGGGUGAGGUUGUUAAAGUACAUUAUUGAAAAAAGUGGGAGGGUUACAAACAACAAGUACAUUUAUGCAGUAGAGAGUAUCGGAGACCUUGUUGAGAAGUUUAUAAAUGAUGUCAGCUUACAGGAAGUGGCCGAGACAAUAAAAUCAAAGGCAAUAAACUGUUUCUCACGUCAGCCAGAGCUGUGGGAGUACAGAAUAGAUUUGGCCUCCGAACAUGGUGCUGCAUUGUUUAUUGUGGAAAAGGGAAGAACAAGGAAAAGGAUCAGAGCUAAGGUGAGGAUUAACAUUACCAAGCAUAUUUGUUACAGACUUGCAAUUCAAUAUUAUGAGCAAAAGCUUAGCAAAAUUCAUGAUGAAUAUAAAACCUCUAUGACAUGCAAAUGGUCUGCCAUAAGAGAAAAAGAACUAUUCUUUAGACGAGAAAUAUGUAGACUUGAUAAUAUCAAGAAAGACAUAGAACUAAAGAAUAAAUAUUUUAAAACACCUAUUGUGAUAAAGAAACAGAAAGAUGAGUUAAAAACUAAAGACAAAGAGACUCAUAAAGUUAAAGAAGUUGUGCAGACAAAUAAUAUUGAAUAUAUUAUCAGUGAAGAUGAGCAAUGGGAGAUUAAUAAUAAGUUUUUAUUAGAAAGUUAUGAAGAAGAAGAAAAUAAUGCAGAGAGUUACCAAGAUUUUAUAGACUCUUUAGAUGAUGAAGAGUUACUCAAUCUUGAUAAUGCAAUGGAAGGGUUAGAUAUAAUAUCUGAAAAUAUUGAUAGCUCAAUAGAAACAAAAAUAGAAUUAAUGAAUCAAGAAGACUGUGAGCAUGAUUGGAUAAAAGGAAGAGGUGAUUAUAAUAUAAAAUGUACUUUUGUACAUUUUACCCUAAUCAAGAAAAACAGACUUACAUGUAGUAAAUGUUUAAAAGCAAGCAUGUGCUUCAUGUCUAAAAUUAAUAACCAAAAAUGGAGGCAAGAAGUAGAGCUAGAACCGGAAGAUAAACUACUAAUAAGUAGAGUCGGAAAUUUGGAGAAUAGAAUAAAUAGCUUAGAAGCUGAAUUAGAGGAGCUAAGGAGUAAAAUAGAGCUCAAUGAAGUAAAUAAGAUCGAAGAAAAUGAAAGAGGCAUGACCGAGUUAAAGGAUCAAGCCAUAUCAAAUAGAAAAAAUGAUAAAGCUAUACAAUUAAAAGAUGCCAUAAUAAACUUUGGUAGCAAAUAUAUAGUUAGAUUACCAUUUAAAGAGGUCAUAGGAAUAAGAGUACUGUAA